AUGGCAUUAUCCGUGUUCACUUUGGUUUUAUUGUUUCUCUUUUCCAGUCAGGCAAACGCACAGCAUAGAAGAUGGGAGCCAUCGACGUUUUACAAAGCCACCCGUCCACCGCUUACUAUCCCGUAUUAUAACAAGACCUACGCUUGCUUUCUGGCGACAGCAGAGGCAACAACAACAUCAACAAAAAUACCAGCAACAAGAGUCUCGGUCAUUCCCAUCGAUCCGAUCUGGACAACCCUUCCGAUUGCGAGCUUGACAGGUGAUCCUUUUUGCAUCAACGAAGCGGCACCUCAUGAAGGGAUCGGGAAUCAUUGCGUUUGUCAGAACGGGGAGACUUUGAGCGUUAUUCCGUUCGCGACGGGGGGUAAUGUUUCGGACUAUCAACCCUGCGCCUACACGACCGUCUACCCGGAUACAACGACAUCAACCUCAGCCAGACUCUGA